CAGUGCAGGCUCCAGUUAGUUGUCGAGUCCCACUGGAUGCUGUUGGCGCAAAAAAUUCAGUUGUCAACGGACUCGUCAAAGCCCAAAGUAACCGCGGAACAGUAAGAGUGCAUUAUCUGAUAAUGAGUUCAUGCUCCCAACGAUCUUGAAUAACAUAUUGUCAUCGAUCGAUGACAGACAAAACGAAUCUCUCCAUCAGGGUCAUUAUCGCCGAUGAUCGCCUACUAGGCUCUCGAGUUGAAUGAUUUCUAUCUGCCAAUCCACGGUGGACUUUGUAUCUGGAUCAACAAUUAUUCUCAUUCCAGGUAUAAAACCAAGAGACAAAAAUUAGAGAAUAAAAAAAAUUAAGAAUAAAAUUAAGAAUAAAAAAUCCCAUAAAAUAUGGAAUCCAUAAUUCGUGGCUGUCAACGCAUGGGCCUGGUCCUGAAGAAUGGCACGGGGAUUGCCAAUGUGACAGUGAGACGAGCAUCGGUGGCUGCUAAGUUGAAAAUAAUCGAGGGCAACAACGGAGAGAGAAUAUUCACGUCACCAUUCGGUGACAUUGAUCUCCCGUCCGCAACAUUACCAGAAUUCAUAUGGGAAAACGUCAACAAAUGGCCGACAAGGAUUGCUCUGGAAUGCAGUGUAACAGGUCGUAAAUACACGUACGCUGAGGCUCGAGACAGUGCGAAUUAUGUCGCAAGGAGUCUGAGGAAUAUGGGCCUUCGUCAUGGUGACGUAGUGGCCCUGAUUCUUCCGAAUUUGCCAGAGACACCGAUCGCCCUCUUGGGAGCUGUGGAAAGCGGACUCAUUGUAACCUCAGUCAAUCCAAUCUACACACCAGACGAAAUAGCGAGACAAGUGAGACUAUCAGGUGCCAAAGCUAUCAUCACAUCCAGUGAUAUUGCGCCGAAUGCUCUGGCAGUGGGGAAAACAACACUCCCACAAAAUGCACCAAUCAUCGUCGUUGAGGAUGGAGUUAGACCUUUGCCCGAAGGGACAAUAUCAUUCAAAGAUCUCCUGACGAGGGGGAAAACUCUGCCUGAUGUGCCGAAGAGUUCUCAAACGCCUGAUGACGUCUGUAUCAUGCCUUAUUCCAGUGGUACCACAGGAUUACCUAAAGGCGUCAUGUUGACGCACAGAAAUCUCGUUUCCAAUUGUGCUAUGAGCAAUCACAGCACACUGCUGAGUAAUGACGUUCAAGAUGUUAUCCCUGGAGUCUUACCUCUGUGCCACAUAUACGGACUGAAUAAUAUGAUGCACUCGAGGCUGGUUUGUGGGGCUCACAUCAUUACUCUCCCUUCCUUUACUUCAGAGAAUUUCAUCAAUGUACUGACGAAGCAUCAAUGUACUUUUCUAUUCUGCGUUCCAUCCAUACUGCUAUUCAUCGCCGCAUCACCAAUGAUAAAAAGAGAACAUUUCAAGAGUUUACGUGGUAUCAUCUCUGGCGCAGCACCAAUUAGUGAAUCAGAUAUAGAGAGAGUUUAUAAUCAAUUUGGGAUUGAUCACCAGACAGUACCAUUCCUCCAGGGAUAUGGACUAACAGAAUGUACGGGGGUUGGAUUUCUCCAGUCCUCGAACAGUAAAUAUGCAAGCAUUGGACAUCCGAUCGCAAACAGCGAGACGAGACUGGUUGAUCCAAUCACAGGACAGGACGUACAGACACCAGGUCAGAGUGGUGAAAUUUGGCUGAGGGGCCCACAUGUUAUGAAGGGGUACUACCAAAAUGAGAAAGCUACGAAUGAGAUGUUACAAGAUGGAUGGCUGAAAACGGGUGAUAUUGCCUACUUCGACGAUGAGUUUACGUUUUUCAUUGUCGACCGGCUGAAGGAACUUAUCAAAGUCAAAGGCUUUCAGGUUCCACCUGCUGAAUUAGAAGGCAUCCUCAGAACACACGCUGAUAUUGCUGACGCAGCUGUUGUUGGUGUACCUGAUGAAAGAUAUGGAGAAGUCCCGAAGGCGUUUGUGGUGCUCAAGAAGGACCACACAACAACCGCAGAAAAUAUCCACAAUUUCGUCAAAGGGAAAGUUUCAGAGUACAAACAGCUUCUAGGAGGAAUUGUGUUCAUUAACGAAAUUCCAAGAAACGCAUCAGGCAAAAUCCUGAGAAUACACUUGAAAAACUUGCACCAUGACGAGUGAAUUGACAAUUACAAACCCUGAAGAAGCCUUCGGGAUUUUGAUUAUGCACUCAUUGAAGCAGUGGUUGAACCACAAUAAAAACGGAAAAGAAGAAGAAGUGAGCACACAACUAUGUACAGAAAAAUUUGAUAGAAUUCUGUUGAUUGUUUGCCGAUUCUUAAAAUGAAUUUUCUUCCAAAAGUUUUUCAUUCAUUGAAUCUUGUUUUUCUCAUGAAAAAAUCCAUUGAGAAAACCUGGAAAAUUCAAGACGAGGAAUUCGUUCGCAGAAAAUCGUAACAAAACAAAAUCUGUUGAUUUUGACUGUAAAAGUAUCUUCGGUUGUUUAUUUAUAUUAAAAAAAAAAAACGAUGAAAAAAUGCAACAUUUUUUAAUGGAAUUCGUGAAAAAAUAAUACAUAUCGCAAUAGAAAUACACCAGAAUUUCUUACGAAAUGUGUGUUCUAUUAAAUUUUUCUGUAUGUGACUGAUAAACCAUGCAAUGCAAAAAGUUGAAAUGAACUUGAAAAAUGUAAUUUUUCACUGUCGAAUUUGUGCCUUGAAUUUUCAUAAUCAUUUGUAACUUAGAAACAGGUACAGUAGACUCUCGCUACGACUUCUCGGACGCCGGAGCGCUGGCCCCCACCCUCGGCCGCCUUUUCGUUUUCUUUUGUCCUUCGUACGUAAACACAGAGGUCCAAAUAAUUUUAUUCGAAAAUAAAACUAUUCAUUCCCUCUCAUUUUUCUGAGAACUUGAGUCGGCAUUGGUUGCGGAGUGGAGGCCGGUAGAAAGUUGCUCAUAUCUUGGAAAUGCUACCCCUACAGCCCUUUUGAUGAGCAACUAGUGAGAGUCUACUGCAUGUGCGGUAUUAGACUAAGGAUAGAUUUAAGGUGUAAAUAUCGAAUUUUAUACACAGACAGGAGGAUAAAUCUUAUGAAUAAAAGUGGUUUUACAGGGAAAAGGUGAAGAAAAUUA